AUGUUUGCUCGACAUGGAAUUCCAGAGACCGUCAUAUCGGACAACGGUCCGCAAUACGCGAGCUCAACGUUUCAGGAAUUCACGAGAGAUUAUGGGUUCACCCAUUCGACCAGCAGCCCUUAUUACCCUCAAGGGAACGGGGAAGCCGAGACAGCAGUUCAGACUGUGAAGCGUCUACUUAGUGGCUCUCAAGAUCCAUAUCUAGCGUUGCUAGCGUAUCGUACCACAGCGUUACGAAAUGGCUACAGUCCUUCGGAACUACUUAUGGGGCGGAAGCUUCGUACAACUAUACCGGAGAGUCCAGCAAAUCUAUCUCCUAAGUGGCCAGAUCUCGAGUACGUUCGAGAUAAGGAACUGUUGGAUCGAACAUCUCAAAAGCACCAUUUUGAUCGGUCACAUCGCGCAGUUCAACGUCCGGAAUUGCACCCGGGAGAAACAGUGUGGGUGAAAGGACCCAGCGGAGGGUUCAGUGGAACGAUCACUAAGUCAGUGAAUGAUCACUCAUAUUUGGUCAGGACACCGUCGGGCCAGAUUCGUCGGAAUAGGAGACAGCUGGUCCAAGCUCCAGCUAUGAGGCCGGAUAUUCCACACACGAGGGGAUCGGGAGAUGUGCCUAGCGAUGUGAAGGAACCAAGUAAUCAGACUGUGUGUAGCAACCCUGUAAAGGCUCCGAAGCCUACUGGGUCUCCGAAGUCAAAGACUGGGUCUAGUACUUCUGUCAGUGUCAAUAAUAGUUCAGAGAUAGGUGUAGGUUCUAAGUGUGAUAAUGCAACUGUUACUCGCUCUGGCAGAGUCUCGGUUGCUCCAAACCGGAUGGACCUGUGA